GCAGGACGCACGCGGGGAAAGCUGUUUUCUUGGAUGGGUUCAAUGUCCAUCAUUUCAUCAUUUGAACUUUCUUUCUUUCUUUCUUUCUUUCUUUUUGUUUGUCUCGGACGAUAACAAUUUGAUUGACCGGUUUACACUUACUUUAUUUGAUUUGAUCACGUUGCCCAUAUUAUUGAUCUGCCACUCCGAUCUUGAAGAUGAGAGCUGUCCAAGUUAGCCAAUAUAUCAAGGGCCCCCUUGAUCUCCAAGUCACCACUCUUCCCACUCCCUCUCCCUCGCCAGAUAAAUACCUGAUCGAAAUUCACUCGGCUGGCACCAAUUUCUUCGACCUCCUUCAGAUCCAAGGCAAAUAUCAACACCAACCACCCUUACCUUGGGUUGGAGGAGCCGAGUUCGCAGGAACCAUUCUCGCCGUCCCAACCGCAGCCAAGCAAGGUCUCCGCUUCAAAGUCGGUGAUCGCGUCUUUGGUGCCACGCAGGGCGCGUAUGCAACUCACAUUCUGGCCCCGGAGAACUCCCUUCUCCCUAUCCCACACGGGUGGAGUUUUGAAGAUGCGGCCGGGUUGUUCGUGACGGCGCCCACUUCAUACGGGGGUCUGGUGCACCGGGCCAAUGUGCAACCCGGGGACUGGGUGCUUGUGCACGCGGCUGCUGGAGGGGUGGGGUUGGCCGCGGUGCAGAUUGCCAAGGCCAAGGGGGCGACUGUGAUUGCGACAGCAGGCACGGAGAGGAAGAGACAGGUUGCGCGGGACUUCGGAGCAGACCAUGUCAUUGACUACCGGGGGAAGAAUUGGCCCGAGGAGGUGAAGCGGUUGUGUGCCACGCACCGGACGGGGAAUAGCAAGGCCGGCGUGGACAUUGUGUAUGACUCCGUUGGGAUGAUCGAGGCGAGUCUCAAGUGUGUGGCGUGGAAUGCGCGAUUGUUGGUGAUUGGGUUUGCAGCGGGCAAGAUUGAAAAGGUCGCGCUGAACCGGGUGCUGUUGAAGAAUGUCAGCAUCGUCGGCUUGCAUUGGGGUCAGUAUGCCAAGUUUGAAGAGGAGACGGUUGGCACCGUGUGGCAGGGCAUCUUUGAUAUGGUGGCCCAGGGUAAGUUCAAGGGGACAGCAUUUAGAGAUGAGAGCUUCAUUGGGUUGGAGAGCGUGCCCAAGGCGUUGCAGGCGCUUGGAGGAAGAGAGACCUGGGGCAAGGUGGUGGUCAAGAUCAUCGAUGAUGAAGCUGGAAAGAGCAAGCUAUAAUCUUGCAGUGAUAGUGCAGAGUAGACUAGAGUAUUCAUAUUCAAAUAUCUAAUUUAUCAUUGACCGAAUGUAGAAUGUAGGUGCGCAAGGAGUCAUGCUCUCGUAGGAAGUGUCAAAAACGCAAGCAAACAUGAACUAUGAAGGCCCUGUUAUUUACUCUAGCAACAUCUCAAGAUAUAAAUCGAAGAGAAACGAAUUCCCGUUCAAUAAUCCAAUCCAGCUCCAAUCAGCCACAGCCACAAGACGUGGCAUGCGAUGACUGUCCUUCAAAAAAUGAAGGGUCCGUUGUUGAUGU